CCCUCUUUGUUAUCUGUUACCAGGUACCCGGUACACCCCGCAGAUUGGCCUGGAGUUGGAGACCUUCAUUUGGCACUAGUCCCCUUUCUGUUCUGUGGCUCUCCAUGCGAGCCAGGGACAAAUGGAUGCAAUCGCAAGUGCCAGCCUCAAGAGGAAGUUUGAUGAGGUGGACGUGGGAUCGCCCAUCUCCAACUCUGAUGAUGAGAUCUCUAACAGCGACAGCGCAGACAGCUGUGACAGCGUCAAUCCACCCAACUCCACCGGCUUCAUACCAACUUCCAUCCUGAAAAGGCAGAAACAGUUGCGCAGGAAGAAUGUGCGCUUCGACCAGGUGACGGUGUACUAUUUUGCAAGGCGCCAGGGAUUCACCAGCGUGCCCAGCCAAGGGGGCAGCUCCUUGGGCAUGGCGCAGCGCCACAACUCCGUCCGCAGGUACACCCUUGGUGAAUUUGCCCAGGAGCAAGAAGUGAACCACCGGGAGAUCCUCAGAGAGCACCUCAAGGAGGAGAAGCUCCAUGCCAAGAAAAUGAAGCUGACCAAGAACGGCACCGUGGAGUCGGAGGAGGCGGAUGGGCUGACUCUCGAGGACGUCUCCGACGAUGACAUAGAUGUAGAGAACGUGGAGGUGGACGACUACUUCUUCCUGCAGCCCCUGCCCACCAAGAGGCGCCGCGCCCUCCUCCGGGCCUCGGGGGUUCACCGCAUCGAUGCGGAGGAGAAGCAGGAGCUCCGUGCCAUCCGCCUGUCGCGGGAGGAAUGCGGCUGUGACUGCCGGCUGUACUGUGACCCUGAAGCCUGUGCCUGUAGCCAGGCUGGAAUUAAAUGCCAGGUGGACCGAAUGUCCUUCCCGUGCGGCUGUUCCAGAGAUGGCUGUGGGAACAUGGCGGGGCGCAUUGAAUUCAAUCCCAUCCGGGUGCGGACUCAUUACCUCCACACCAUUAUGAAACUGGAGCUGGAGAACAAGCGGCAGGUGAGCCGCCCCCAGACUCUGGAGGAGGAGGCCGCCGCCGCCACCCCUCCCAGCUCCAGCGGCGAUUGGCUGGGGGCCCAGACCCCCGAGACGCAGGACUUCCAGGAGUUCAUGGCGGAGAACGAAACGGCGGUCAUGCACCUGCAGACGGCCGAGGAGCUGGAGCGGCUGAAGGCCGAAGAAGAAGACUCGAGCAGCGGCUCCAGCGUGGAGAGCCUGGGGGUGUGCAUUUUGGAAGAGCCCCUGGCGGUCCCCGAGGGGCUGUGCCCGAGCCUGGCCACGCCCAUCCUCAUCCAAGCCCAGCUGCCCCUGGGCUCCUCCGUUCUGUGCUUUACGGACAGCUCUGAGCAGGCCAGCUCAGCCGAGGGCGGGCAGGCCUACUUGAACAAUGGGCCGGUUGUGUACUAUCAGGUCGACCAAAGGUCGAUGCUGGGGGUGAAGGGCGAGAGCGGCGCCGAGGAGCCCGAGAUUCCCCCUCGCUACCCAGACGAGAAGGAGCUGAGCGUUUACUCCGUCCCGGUGACCUCGCUGGUGCCUUGCGCCAGAGCUGCGGUCUCCGGCAGGGCGGAAGGGGGCAAAGCAGCCCUGUCCCCGGAGCCCCUCGCUUCUGAAAGCUGCCCGCCUGAAGUUCCUCCUCCGCCAAGCCUGUCGUUCCACACAAACGUGCCGCAGGACAGUUUGCGGCCCCAGAGUUUGGGGCAGUCUCCCGAGAGGGCCUGUGAGCUGCCCUCAUCCGAGGAGUGCCCCCUGGGACCUGCUCUGGCCGUGUGACCCAUCCCGACACACUGUAGCUCUUAAUCUUGGAUGUCUAUUUAUUGACAGAGAAUUUAUCUUAACGGCCACAGGCCCCCGGGGGGUUAUUUAACUUGGGAGGGGGGGGAGCGUUGAAAGAGGGACUGCUUUGUACAGGCUCACUAUGAAACAAACUACACCCAAGCGCUUACGGCUGUCUCGGGGGGUCAGGGGUUUCUUCUGCGGAUUGGGCGGCCUCUUAACACGGAAGCGCCUGGACCACGGACAGGAAACGGUCUAAUUGGAGCUGCUGCAGGGCAGGCACCGUAUCCCCCAUCCUACAAGGACCAAACAUGAAUGUUUGUCAUGGAAGCAAUAGAGUGAAGCUGCCUUUUC